AUGAGUCUGUGGGACUUGUUGGCGAGGAGGAAUGAUGACCAUGGCUUGGGGCACCGUCCAACGACGCCUAGGUGGGGGGUGCUUUGCCAAGUGCCUGCUGGUUCUUGUGGUGCUCCACUCCCGACAUUGUUGGGUAAAAAAGAUUCAUCUAUCGAUGAAGAAUUAUCAAAAAAAUUUAAACAACAGGUGGUGAAGGACACAGCAAUUAUUAGUUUAGUGACUAAGCAAAAAGAAGAGCGAAUAUUCAGAGGGUUAUUGAACUGUAUCCCAUUCUUCUUCCUCCGCCAGUCACAACCAGUGGAGUUAAGAAAUUAUUUAUUAGCAUCUGACUAG